CAAUCGGGCAACCCCCAUAUAAAUAUUUAGAUGUUCGAAUUGAUAAAGAUAGUGAUAAUAUUACUCGUACAGUCGUACUAUGUAACCCCGCCAAACCCAAUCCAAACCACAACAAAAAAAAUUCAGGCAAUGUCCUCCUCUUUCUCAUACUCUUUCACCCCUUUCUCUCUCCUCCCCAAACCCAUCUCACCUCGUUUCCACCCCAUCAAAUUCUCCCUCUUCCAACCACCACAACCACCACCGAACCCAAAACCCACCAAACCCGAACCCAAAUUCAAGUCAUGGGUCAGCCCAGAUUGGCUCACUUCCUUAUCCCGAACACUAACCUUCACCCAAGACGAUUCCAGCAUACCCAUUGCUAGUGCUAAGCUCGAGGAUGUUUCUGAGCUUCUUGGUGGUGCCCUCUUUCUUCCUUUGUUUAAAUGGAUGAAUAUUUAUGGACCCAUUUACCGUUUAGCUGCUGGCCCCCGGAAUUUUGUGGUUGUUAGUGAUCCUGCUAUUGCUAAGCAUGUUUUGAGGAAUUAUGGGACCAAAUAUGCUAAGGGUCUUGUUGCUGAGGUUUCUGAGUUCCUUUUUGGCUCCGGUUUCGCCAUUGCCGAAGGCUCGCUUUGGACGGCAAGGCGCAGGGCUGUUGUUCCGUCACUUCACAAGAGGUAUCUAUCAGUGAUAGUUGAGCGGGUUUUUUGUAAAUGUGCUGAAAGGAUGGUGGAGAAGCUAAAAGCCAGUGCAGCCAGUGGUACAUCUGUGAACAUGGAGGCUGUAUUUUCACAACUUACGCUUGAUGUCAUUGGCCUAUCAUUAUUCAACUACAAUUUUGAGUCUCUGACUACUGAUAGUCCAGUCAUUGAUGCUGUUUACACUGCACUAAAAGAGGCAGAGAAUCGUUCUACUGAUAUUCUACCAUAUUGGAAGGUCAAAGCCUUGUGUAAAGUUGUUCCCAGACAAAUAAAAGCUGAGAAAGCAGUUGAAAUCAUCAGAGACACUGUUGAAGAGCUUAUUGCAAAGUGUAAGGAAAUCGUUGAAGCUGAAGGUGAAAACAUAGACAAUGAAGAAUAUGUCAAUGAAGCCGAUCCAAGUAUAUUACGUUUCUUGCUGGCUAGCAGGGAGGAGGUAUCAAGCAUACAACUGCGAGAUGACCUCUUGUCAAUGCUAGUUGCUGGGCAUGAAACCACCGGUUCAGUGUUAACAUGGACAGCGUAUCUUUUAAGUAAGAAUCCUUCAUCUUUGUCAAAAGCAAAACAAGAAGUCGACAAUGUUCUCCAAGGAAGGCUUCCUUCCUACGAAGAUACCAAAGAACUCAAGUUUUUGACACGUUGCAUAUUAGAGUCAAUGCGUCUGUAUCCACAUCCUCCAGUUUUGAUAAGAAGAGCUCAAGUUGACGACACCCUUCCUGGUAAUUACAAGGUCAAUCCUGGUCAAGAUAUAAUGAUAUCAGUAUACAAUAUCCAUCAUUCAUCUCAGGUGUGGGAAAGGGCUGAAGAGUUUGUUCCAGAAAGGUUUGAUUUGGAGGGUCCAGUUCCUAAUGAAACAAACACUGAUUUCAGGUUUAUACCAUUUAGUGGAGGACCUCGUAAAUGUGUAGGUGAUCAGUUUGCUUUGUUGGAAGCAAUUGUAGCCCUUGCAAUCCUUCUCCAGAACAUGGAUUUUGAGCUGAUCCCAGAUCAGGACAUUACUAUGACCACUGGAGCAACUAUCCAUACAACAAAUGGCUUGUACAUGAGAGUGACUGAACGUGCAAAAGAACCUGUACUCGCUACAUGAUUAUAGGCUGCUUCUUUUGCCAAUAUGAAGGGAAAAGGUAUCAGGAAAUUUAUAGCUACUAAGCUUGUCAUUGUCUUGGGUGUUCAGCAUCAAAUGAGCAGGCUUUUUUCAUGCUGCGGAAUGCAUUAGUUGUGCCAUCUAGCAAACUGAAGUGGUCUUCUGCCGUGUUAUCAAGACAGUUUGAAGCUUUCAAAUCUCAAUUGCUGCUGCAAAACGGAGUAACCUCAAUUACCAACUGUUGAAUCAGUGAACAAUAAGAGAUUACAUCCCCUCAAACAGGUUUAGAUAUGUGAAAAAUAGAAAAUAACUACGACCUCCGUAACAAAAAUGUCUAAUCAUUGCACAUAACCUGUAAAGGCUAUAAUGGAGGUAGUAUUAGAUUCUUGUACACAUAUUUUUACAUACAUAAUAGUUCAUACAUAAUCAUAUGCGACUAUGCAAGUCUUCCCUAUCCCAAGUCAAGGAGCAUAAAAAGAAAUGUGACAUACUUUGUACUUUGUAUAAAUUAAGGAGAUAAAGGGUACAUUAUAAAAUUCUUCA